CCUCCUUUCUGACGCGAGACCACGUUGCAGCUGAGAGCAGUGUUUACAAGCAGAAUCAAGUGCGGCGUAUUCGAGUAAAAAAAUGAGACUGCAGGUGAUUUGCUCAUUUUUGGCAAUAAUCAGCUUUGAAGCUGCUCAAAGUGAUCAAGAAACAUGGAGCAAAGAUAUGACAAACGAGAUAGAAAUUGGACCUGCCGACUCUGGAUACAAAGAAGUGCACCUCAGGUGCAUAGACAAAAAACGCAUAUUUCAGGUUAAUAUUGAGCUGGACGAAGACUUUUCGGGAGUGAUCUACACCCGCGGUAGUUACGCCGGUAAGGACAAGGACUGCUACCUGAAGGCCAAGUCAGGUCGAAAAUUCCGCAUGAAAAUCCCCUUCGAAAAAUGCGGCACCAAACAAGAGGGCGACGUUUACAAAACGGUGCUCAUCGUCCAGUAUGACGAGUUCCUCAUCAUGCCCGGCGACGCAGCCUUUGAGCUUGAAUGCAACCUGGGACCAAUGGUGGCCGAGGUCACCGUCGACUCCUCCAUCAGCACCCAACCUGCAGUCAGAAAGCCGUUGUCGAAGAUCAGUUUGGCCGACGCUGACCCCUCCGGAAAACCCCUCCCGAGGCACAGACAAUCCGUGGUGACGGGAGAUGAAGGGCAGGUGUCGUUUACUCCCGACGACGUCAGGCCAAGGAGCAGCAAGAAAAAUAAGAGUGGAAAGGAACACAACAGCAAAACAGUAAAAAUCGAGUUGUGAAAUUUGCCAAGAGGAUUGCAAAAAUUUUGGCCUUUUGUGGAGCGACGCGAGGAAAAUGAUUUGGAACAUUUUAGCUGAAUGUGCUGUGUCGGGUGUGGGUGGAUAACUGGAUAACAAAUUUACGACAGAACACGCGCGCCUGACAGUAUAUUUCAGUGGCUGCGCUCAGCUAUUUUUGUGCGGGGGUGGUGUGUGCGAACGUAUAAAUUUAAUUAUUGCUAGUGAGAGAGCGAAAUGUGAAAUGUCAGCGUAUUUCGCAACCAAAAAAAGAGCGCUAAUUUUUUUGACGUCUUCAUUGUGACAUUUUUGUGCUGCGCAUAAAACAGAUAUAUAUGAUAAAGAAACAAAAAAGCUUUGCCAAAUCACUCGUUAAUUCCAGUUUAAAUUGUUUUUAAAUUUAAUUAAAAAUUAUAACUUGAAUAUU